GUCAGUUGAUUUUUCGUCUUGAGUUUGGAAAUUUCGUCUUUAAAACUUUAACCAAUCGAUUAAAUUAUUGUUUGCUCAUUUUAAAUAAAAUUAAUUGGAACGGGAAAAAUGUCAUUCAAGAACAAGGUCAUCUUAAUUACAGGUGCGAGCAGUGGCAUAGGGGCAGCGUGUGCAGAGUUUUUCGCUGUCAACGGAGCUCAUCUUGCUUUGGUUGGACGCAAACCGGAAAGGUUUGAAGUGGUUGUGGCUCAAAUUAAGAAGAAAAGUGUCGAAAGGGAGCCAUUGGUGAUUUUGGCAGACAUCUCCGUUGAUUAUGAACGUAUCAUAAGUGAAACGAUCGGAAAGUACGGUCGUUUAGAUGUGUUGAUCAACAAUGCUGCAUUUUCGAUUCCUGGCUCAUUUGUAAAUGUGAAGCCAGAGCAUUUCGACGCGGUAAUAGGAGCAAAUGUUCGCGGUACUUUUCUGCUUACCCAACUAGCCGUCCCUUAUUUGAUUUCAUCGAAAGGAAAUAUUGUCAAUGUAUCUAGCGUUGCUGCCUUGAAACCGUUUCCAGGCUCCAUUGUGUAUUGCAUAUCAAAAGCUGCGCUAGAUCACUUUACUCGAUGCCUUGCACUUGAGCUAGCUAGCAAAGGCGUUCGAGUCAAUUCAAUUAAUCCGGCUGUGAUUGACACAAACUUCCGCGAUUAUCUUGGCAUGGAUCGAAAUGGAGAGGAAUAUGCUGCGCUACUGAAGAACAUGGCAAGCAUGCAUCCGGUUGGAAGGGUUGGUGAAUCGGAAGAAUGUGUAAAUGCGAUUGCAUUUUUGGCUAAUGACAAUGCAGCAUUCAUCACGGGUGUUAUACUACCCAUUGACGGUAAUAAUUAUUGUUCAUCCAAACGCGUAACAUAAUGCAAUAAUUCAUUUUUUUUUCAGGUGGAUUAACAAUCAGCAACUCCUCGCCACUGCAAGUCGCUUUGAAAUCUUAAAGACAACGUGUUUUUUAUUUUAUAACAAAGUAUUGAAAAAUUCCAUAGAAAAAUAUUUUCCACCUUUGAAAAAAGCGAUCAGUCCCAGCGUUGUUAUUACUUUGGAAAAACUUUGUAUAAAAAUAUGCAUUAAAUAAUUUUUGGAUGUAA